AUGAUGUCCUAUCAGCCAAUAUCUUCGUAUGCUAUGAAUAAACGGGAUAUUUUACAUUUUCCCUCAAAAUAUCAACAAAAACAUCGAAAUACAACAAAUAGCUCUCGAGGAGGUGUCAUCGUCAUUUCGCCAGGGCGUGGUGUUGACGUCGUCGGGAGCAGUGACCAAAGUACCAGCAGUGGAAGUAGUAGUAGCAUGUGUGGAACACAUCAUCAGCGAUAUCAUCCAAAUAUUUCUACUUUUCCAUCGUCUCAUGACGUUCAAACAUUUCACACAUCUGGUGUGCCUGUUGUCAGAAUUCCAUCGACACAUUCAGCUUUUCGUUCUGUACUAGCUGCACCACCCCUUCCUCCAAAGAGUGAUGCUGUACGCUUACGCAGCUACAGAUUGGCUUCUGAUAAUACAGCGGCAGUUGAACCAUUUUCUGUGCUUCCGACUUCUGUUAUCACCUCUUGCCCGCCCAUCCCGUUACCGCGUUUAUCGAAAAUGAAAUCAAUGACGGAUCUUUUAUCUCCAACAGCCGAAAAAAUGCCAAAAACUAAGGAAAUCACAUCUGAUUCAGCUCACUACUCAUCAAUCCCCAAAGAAACAUGUCGAAAGUCAUCAGCUAAAUCGUGUCAAAGUGUUGGAAGAUGUUCUGUUGCUUCAGUGAAAAGAAGAAACGGCUCACAUCGACCAGCCACUCCUAUAACUCAAACGACGACGCAAACAUCAAUGCAAUCUACAUCAACAAUGAAUAUUAUGGAUGAGAGCGAAAGACAAUUUUUGGAAGAAGCUGUUCGACAAACAUAUUCAGAAGAAACAAGUGAUUCAGAGGAUAGUAAUGGAUCAGCACCUUAUGGACAAAUUUUACGUUUCCCACGUAAGCAGCCAUCAUUGCCAUCGCCUACAACCGACAGUGGUCUUCCGCAUAGUGAUUUUGAUGAUAAAAGACAUCAAGGAAGCGAAAGAUCUACAGACGAUGGUUUUUUUGACGCAUCUUUAAUUAAAAGAGAAGAAGAUGGCGAAUUAUCUGAAAUCUUAACGUCCAUUUCGAAUCAAAGGCCUAAUGACAGUUUUGCAAGCGAAGAAGUCAGAGGUCGCGGAUUGAGCUUAUUAGAAAAGAAUGCACGAGUCAUGCGCUGGAUUCACGAAAAUGAUGAAUGA